AUGAAUGUUUUAUGUAAGCAUUGUAAAGCAAAACAUUUUGAAUCGGAAAAAGUUGAUAAAAAAGGCUUAUCUUUCAAUGAUUGUUGUUCCCAUGGAGCAGUAGUUCUAGAUGCUGCCCCUGACUUUCCUCAAGAAUUAUCAUCUUUGUUUGAUGGAACUCAUGCAAAUUCAAAUGAUUUUUUUGAUAACAUUCGUUAUUAUAAUAAUUCGCUUUCGUUUGCUUCUUUUAAUGCCAAUUUAGUUAACUUUCAACAGCGCCGUCCAGGGCCAUAUUGUUUCAAAAUUCAUGGGCAGAUAUAUUAUCAAAUCAAUACAGCACUAUAUCCCUGCCUGAAUGAAAGUCCUGCUUAUGGACAGCUCUUUUUUGUUGAUCAAGAAGAGGCUCUUCAUGUACGAUUAUCACAAAACCCGCAUCUUAGACAAGAAACACUUACGACGUUAGACAGAAUAAUAAGAGAGAACAAUAUAUUUGCACAGUCAUACGCAAUGAUGAAACAAGAAAUAAAUGAGCAGAGAUCUCGAAUGAAUGUCGAAGAGAAACUUGAAUUGCAAUUAUUAUUUACCUUGAAACCAGGAAAUGAUAGACGACGAUUUAAUUUUCAAAGAACAAACGAGGUUGCUACUAUUUUUUCAACGACUGCUGAUGGUGAAAUUCCAGAGUCGUAUGUCACUAUUAGAAACAAAAAUAGAAAGGUAUUGCAAUAUGUUAGUACUAUGGAUCCUAACGUGGAGCCAUGGAUAUAUCCUUUGUUUUAUCCUUAUGGUUCACGAGGAUGGCAUAGAAAUUUAGAACGUAUCAAGGUAAAUGAUAAUGAUUCAAGUAGACGAGUAACGCGAAUGGCCUAUACUAAAUAUAAAAUGGCUAUAAGGCAGGAUGAAUUUAAUUCCAUUUUACUAGGUCGUCGAUUGUUUCAACAAUGGGUUGUAGAUUCAUAUGUUAAAAUCGAAAAAGAUAGAAUUCAAUGGUGUAAAGAUCAUCAAAGAGAGUUAAAAGCAGAUACAUACCAAGGAUUACAUGAUUAUUUGCAAAAUUCUGCAAAUGACAUUAAUGGUGAAGUAGGGAAAACAGUUAUUUUACCAUCGACUUUUUUGGGUUCACCACGUCACAUGCAACAAAGUUAUCAAGAUGCCAUGUCUUUAGUUGGUAAAACUGGGAAACCGGAUAUUUUUCUUACGAUGACUUGCAACCCAAGGUGGAAAGAGAUUCAAGAAAACCUUUUACCAGGCCAACAGGCAUGUGAUCGACCAGAUAUUGUUGCUCGUGUAUUUCAUUUAUAA